AUGAUCGCUUUCUAUUGGGGUUUCGGAAUGGUGUGGUUUGUGGGGUUUCUCUCGUCGAAUCUCCCCUCGACAAGCCAUGCUCAAUCGUGCUUCUCGUGUACCGGGAUUUGCCACUCGGAGCCAUGCAAUUGCCAGAUGGGUUUGUGCAGUUCGGAGAUGUGUUUCAUUGAGCGAAAGCCUACCGAAAUCAAAGGCUCAUUUCGGAUCACAAAAGGCUGUAUCGAGAACCCGGCGAGAACUCAAGAGAUAUGCGAUUUCGAUCAUUUCCCUGAUCAUCUACAAUGUGUUUGUAGAGGUCAUAACUGUAACGAUCACAUCUAUUUGCUACAUCAAAGUUUUCAAUAUCGAAAGAAUAUCACUUGCCGGAAAUGCUCGGAGAGAGAUCCCGACUGUGGGGAUACCUGCUAUGGGCAUUGGUGUCACGAGGAUUCAGCCACUGGAGCAUCCGGUUGUGGCUAUGGUCCCCCAUCACUUCCAUUUUUCCAUAAAGGACCCGAGCUUUUCUAUCAUACAUCAAAGAUUUGUGUGACAAUGAGCAGAGGCUCCGGUGUACCGCGACGACAUUGCAUCUGCAAUCGACCUUACUGUAAUCAUGCAAAACAAGCAUAUCGGAAUGCACAGCCGCCUUCUCCCCAUGAUCUUCCCUUUCGCCAGUGCUAUAAUUGUGAUGUGAACGCACAAGAGGCGGCGAUCACCGCCUCGUGUAAACAGAAUCGAUGCAUUGGCCAUUAUUGCACAUUUGCUCGUCAUCAACAACUCUUACCGAAUGGUCAACAAAUUACCUCGGAGAAGCAAGGAUGUAUGAAUGUUUCUAUGAGUAGUCAGAUUCAACUCGGUUGCGCGAAGAAAUGGCUACGUGGAGAAUUCGUGGAGGAGUCGUGUGCUUGCAAUAAUUACGAUUUAUGUAAUCGUGACGUCUACACAGCAGCCACCUCUCAAAGAAACCCUUUCCGACUUUUCAUUUUGUUUUGCUUGAUUCGGAAUUUCUUU